CCCAAAUAUCGAAUGGGUCGGGGCAAACCGAAACAAAGAAUUACAGACAGUACCCUAUCGCAUCAUUUACCUUCUCCGUCUCUGUAAUGAAUAAGAACUCGGCCAGCUCUAUCAACAAAAAUCCAAGCUAAAACCACUCACUGAAAAAACUCUAAUUAGGGUUUUAAAUAUUUAUCAAUUUAAUAAUUGAAUUCAAUUUUCACGUAAAUUCUCAUACCGGACCGAUCAGCAAUGUCAAAGCGGAAGUUCGGAUUCGAAGGAUUCGGAAUAAACCGGCAAAAAACCUACAACUUCGAGCAAUCUCAGCCGCCACAGCGCCUCUACGUACCUCCGUCAACGCGCCAUGGCCACGACAACUACGAAGACACAGACCUCGACAAUAUAGAUUACGACGAGAAUGAGAACGCUAAGGAAACCAACGGAGCGGAAGAAAUUGACGAAGUUGACCCUCUCGAUGCGUUUAUGGAGAGUAUACAGGAGGAGAUGAAGGCGGCGCCGCCUCCUAAGGCGAAGGAGAAGGCGGAUAAGUAUAGAGACGAUGUUGAGGAUGAUGAUGAUCCGAUGGUGAGUUUUUUAAGGUCGAAGAAGGAUGUAGGGUUAACGUUGGCGGCGGAUGCGUUGCGUGCUGGUUAUGAUUCUGAUGAGGAGGUUUAUGCGGCCGCGAAAGCUGUGGAUGCUGGAAUGCUGGAGUAUGAUUCAGAUGAUAAUCCUAUUGUUAUUGAUAGGAAGAAGAUUGAGCCGAUUCCGGCUCUUGAUCAUAGUUUGAUUGAUUAUGAACCGUUUAAUAAGGAUUUUUAUGAGGAGAAACCCUCAAUUUCAGGGAUGAGUGAGGAGGAUGUUGCUGAAUACCGCAAGAGUUUAGCUAUCCGUGUUUCAGGUUUUGAUGUACCUCGGCCAAUUAAGACGUUUGAAGACUGUAGUUUUUCAACACAACUGACGAAUGCUAUUGCGAAACAAGGCUAUGAAAAACCUACUUCAAUACAGUGUCAAGCGUUGCCUAUCGUGCUUUCUGGGAGAGAUAUUAUUGGUAUAGCAAAAACUGGUUCUGGUAAGACUGCUGCGUUUGUUCUUCCUAUGAUUGUGCAUAUUAUGGAUCAGCCUGAACUUCAGAAAGAAGAGGGUCCAAUUGGGGUAAUUUGUGCACCCACUAGGGAGUUAGCCCAUCAAAUAUAUUUGGAAGCAAAGAAGUUUUCUAAAUCACAAGGGAUACGUGUUUCUGCUGUGUAUGGUGGCAUGUCUAAGCUGGAACAGGUUAAAGAACUCAAGGCAGGUUGCGAUAUUGUUGUUGCUACUCCUGGGAGAUUAAUAGACAUGUUAAAGAUGAAGGCCCUAAAUAUGUCGAAGGCAACUUAUUUGGUACUGGACGAGGCUGAUCGAAUGUUUGACUUAGGAUUUGAGCCACAAAUAAAAUCCAUUGUUGGUCAGAUCAGGCCUGAUCGCCAGACCUUACUCUUUUCAGCUACAAUGCCCCGAAAGGUUGAAAAGUUAGCUAGGGAGAUCCUUACUGAGCCCAUAAGAGUUACAGUAGGGGAGGUGGGAAUGGCCAAUGAAGAUAUAACUCAAGUUGUUGAAGUGAUUCCUUCUGAUGCAGAGAAAUUGCCCUGGCUUCUUGAGAAGCUUCCUGGUAUGAUUGAUAACGGCGACGUUCUUGUUUUUGCUUCUAAAAAAGCUACAGUUGACGAAGUUGAAUCGCAACUAGCUCAGAAGGGAUUCAAAGUUGCAGCUCUUCAUGGUGAUAAAGAUCAGUCUUCACGAAUGGAGAUUUUGCAAAAAUUUAAAUCUGGCGUAUAUCAUGUUCUUAUUGCAACUGAUGUUGCUGCUCGGGGACUUGACAUCAAGUCACUGAAGUCAGUUGUGAAUUAUGAUAUUGCUAAAGACAUGGACAUGCAUGUGCAUCGUAUUGGUCGAACUGGUCGUGCUGGUGACAAAGAUGGGACUGCAUACACUCUUAUUACUCAGAAAGAAGCCCGGUUUGCUGCUGAACUGGUUAACAACCUGAUUGCUGCAGGUCAGAAUGUCUCCGCGGAACUUAUGGAUCUUGCUAUGAAGGAUGGGAGGUUCAGGUCUAAACGUGAUGCAAGAAAAGGAGGUGGGAAAAAGGGUAAAGGAAGGGCUGGAAAUGGGCGAGGUGUCCGUGGAGUGGAUUUUGGUCUUGGUAUUGGCUAUAACCCAGAAUCGAAUAGUACUCCAUCUCAGGCUGUUCCAAGUCGAGCUACUCCAGUUAACUCGGCAAAGAAAGGGAUGAUGGCGCAAUUUAAGAAUAGUUUUGUUGCUGCAACAUCAAACACUCAAGGUUCGACUGCUUAUGCCAAUAAGAGACCAGCAUUAUCCGGAUUUGUCUCAGGUGGCUCUAUUGGUGGAGACAUGAGGGGAACUCAGAUAACCAGCUCCCUAUCUGGUUUCGUCUCUGGUGGUUCAAUCGGUGGGGAUGCAAAUAGAACUCAGACAACCAGCUCACUACCUGGUUUUGUUUCCGGUGGUUCAGUCGGUGGAGAUGCAAAUAGAACACGGACAACCAGCUCGCUUUCUGGUUUUGUCUCCGGUGGUUCAAUUGGUGGAUUUGCGAACAAUACUCAAACCAAUCAGAACUCUAGAGUAAAUCCUAAUCAGAACACAGAAAGUUCUAGCGAGAAGGGUAGAGAAAGACGGAGGCGAUCUGGUUGGGAUCAGUGAUUUCCCUACACCAUGGAUGAGAGCUAUUCCUAGCAUGAGGUGUAUGAUUAUUAAUGCUUUAUGAGUUUGAUCACUUGCUUCUUCUGUAACUGUAAUUGUGUAUAAUUUCUGAUUUUUAUCAGUUCUUAGAAAAGUUAUAUAUAUUAUUAUGUGAAAUUUAGAUGCUUUGUUAGAAUUCCUUUGGUAGAUAGUCAUACAAUCAGUUUGUAAAUUAUUAAAAAAUCAUUGUUUCAUUUAUUUUUUCUCUAGAAUCCUUAAAA